AUGCCAGGCAGUGCGAUAGUAACGGACCAGUGGAAGGAGUAUGCCAGGCUAGCGGAGGAGGGCUAUCGCCAUCUGACGGGUAAGCAUUCCGUAAUAAAGAAAUGGGUGGCCCUGGGAAGUGUGAUAGUAACGGACCAGUGGAAAGCGUAUCCCCGGGUAGCGGAGGAGGGCUAUCGCCAUCUGACGGCUAAUCGUUUCGUCAAUUCUGUUGAUCUGCUCAACAGAAGGAUUACAAAUGCCAUUGAGGCCUACUGGAGCAGGCUGAAGAAAAAAUUACGCGAAAAAGAACCCAUCAAAGGAAGAAGAGUUUUGGAACACGUCAAUGAAGUCCAAUACCGCCUGUGGUAUGGUGUGAGGUCAAGUAACCUACCGGAGGCGUGGGAAGUGUUCCUAACCCAUGUGACUCAAGCGUAUCCGGUUGCAGAGAAUGAAUGCAAAAACGAAAGCGAAGCUCACUAGGCACAAGGGUAAGUUGAGAACCGAUAACGUAACCGAACUGUUUUAGUUGUGUAGACACUCAGGGACGACAGUAAUGCCAAGAAGACGAAACAACCAGCAGGCCAAGGAGAACGCCAAAUGGAAGCCAGUGCAGACGAAGAAAGCAAAUGUUUAUGUGAACUAAUAAUAGCAAUAGCGACAUCUGUUCCACUGAAAUAUAUUGACUUGGUUUUGCCUGUGGUUGUUUAUACCACCCGGACGGUACAUCUGCGCGAGUCGAAGGCCGCCUAGACGGCCAGUCGGAAGACGAAAGGAAGAACACAUUUUGUGCCUCCUCGCGGCUGACAUAUGCCGAAGGGGACCACCGGUAGGGCUGAGCGUCUGGGGUGCCCGCGAAAUAGUGGAAGACGGCAUCGAACCCAAGACGACGGAUGCGAAAGUGUACCGGUGGGCAUACGUACGCGCAUUCCGGUAACAUACCGCUGAAGGAAAGGCAAAAAUGCACUUUAAGCGUGCAAGUGCCGGUUGGGAGGGGAAGGGGGUAGUUGUGUAAACCGCGACGGCAGAGUCAGUGAGAACUGUGUCGGAAGACCGGCAUCUGUAGGUAGUGGAGACCAAGGUAAACUGGCCUAAAGGAACGCAAAUGCGCAUGACAAGUGAACGCAGACUCAAUGACGAAAAAGAACGUGUCUGGACGUGGCUGCUGGCGGAAGUGCUGUAGGCCGAAAACUAAGGGGAGGACGUAGAGGGUUAGAAUUUCCGAGCUAAUUUAGAUCAAAACGGCCGUGUCGGAUACGUCUUAUCCCUCGGAAAGAAGCCUUUGGAUGUAAGAACAGCGUAAUUCAACGUUAUCGGAAUUAAAUCGUAGCGAACUGUCCCACCUAGAUAGGUAAAAUCGGAAGGUAGAUGGUAAUGUCGUCGUAGGCAGUCGAAACUGCAUGCCAAACCUGUGACCGCCAUACGGAAAACAAAAAGAAAACGCACGCUAACUGUGAAGGCAAAGGUGCUAUCAACCCGUCCGUACGUCAUCCGGUAGUGCGAGUGCAGGAAGUGAUGGUAAGGAUUCAGAUCCUCUGGAGAUGAAACGGAGGGCGCUGCCGGAGGAGAUGACGAAAUGGGAAACACCCGGUAAUGGAUAACGGUAAGAUGAAACCGAAAACCGAAUGGACGUAGGGAAAUCGCUUAGGAAAGCAUUAAUCACAAUACCCAACUCAUAAACUGUAAUCCAUAAUCUAAAACAUAAACCCGGAAACGGCACUGUAAGAGAGAACGGUAACGCUCGAGCCGUAAAGAUAAAUCCCAAGGAAACCUCAUAAGGAAAACCUAAAUUUAAGGCUCUAAAGCUUUUCAGCAAAAAACUAAGUCUAACUGUAACCUCUAACCUAACCCAAAAACUAGACCCUAAACAUAACCUUAUUCUUAACCCUAACCCUAAAAUUAAACCUAACCCUAACCUUAAAAUUAACCCUAACCCAAACCCUAAUCCUAACGUUAACCCUACCACUAACCCUAUCCACAGGCUUAAACUGAACCCGAACCCUAACCCCAAACUUAACCAUAAUCCUAACCCUAAACAUAACCCUAACCGUAACCCUAACCAUAACUCUAAACUUAACCCUAAACCAUAAACCCAAACCUAACCCUAACCCGAACCAUAAUCCUAAACCAAACACGAGCCCUAACCCUAUCCAUAAUCCUAAACAUAACCCGAAACCUAACCCUAAUCUUAACCACAACCCUAAACCUAAACAUAACCCCAAUCCUAACCUUAACCCUAAACCAUAACCCUAAAUUGAACCCUAACCCUAAACCUAACCCUAGCCCUAACCCUAACCCUGAAAUUAACCCGAAACCUAACACUAAACUUAACCCUAAACCUAAUCUUAACCCUAGCCUUAACCAUAAACCACAAGCCUAAACUUGAGCCUAACCCUACCCCUAAACCUAAACCUAACCCUAGCCCUAACCCUAAACUUGACCCGAACCCUAACCCUACCCUCAAACUUAACCCUAACCCUAUCUAUAGCCCUAAAGCCAAAAGUGUUCGGAAAAGCGACGAACACGACGCGAAUAAUGAACUUCAACAGUAACCACCCAAUCAGCCACAAACGCAGUUGCGUAAGAACGCUAUAUCGGCGUGUUGAGACGCACUGCAGUGAACCGGAAGACAAGGUUACUGAAUCCCAAUAUCUUCGACGGGAUUUCAGAAAAAAUGGUUGCCCGCGCAACUUCGUCAACAGAUGCAUGCACAAACGAGACGAUCGACAAAACCGUGCCGACCCCAAAUUCUGGCGAGCGAUCCCGUACAUCAAGAACGUCUCCGAGGCCGUUAACCGCCUUCGUGCACCACUUGGAAUUGGAGUUGCACACAGACCGGAGGCCACCAUGAGGCGUCAGGUGAUGAGACCAAAAUACCCACUGCCACGGCAAGAAACAUCUGGAGUCGUUUACCGGAUCUGGUGCAGUUGCGGACAAAGCAACUACGUCGAAAAAACUGGAAGACUGCUCCGAACGCGAAUUGCCGAACACGCGGCAGCGGUACGGAGGAAUGACGCCAACUCUCAGGUCGCGGCCCAUUCGACGAAACCCGGCCACACAUUCAAGUUCGAUGAGGCCGAAAUUCUCGCGAGAGGGGAUAAUCGUGUGAGCCGCGAGUUGUUUGAGUCAUGGUUUACGGUACCUCAAUCUAUCAACAAGUGCAACGACAUGCCCACUGCGAACUCCGUGCUGAGGCAUAGACUGGCCAAGGUACUUGACCACUCGGGGCGCGCGCAAGCCGGUGAGCCAGAUGGCCGAGAAAUCAUCACGCCAGCAUCCAACACGGGUGAUGACAUUUCGGUAAGUAGCAACUUGCAUGCCGGCCAGCUAGCAGUUAGCGCACCAGCGGGCAGCAAUCCUUGAUGAAGGGGAGCGCGGUUAAUUGCUAUAGGUAUGCGGUAGCAUGGCGACUGCAUCCUAUAUAUACUGCAACUUCCUGUGCACGGGUCACCCUUUUCAGCCACUGUCUCUAAUGAUGGAUUCAAGUGAGAAUCCGAAACGUCAGGCCAAUAAACUUCUUGUUCCAGUGGUCGCAUCUCCUCCUCCUCCUCCUCCUCCUCCUCCUUCUUUUGAACUGCUUCCUGGAACUCGCCUAUUUGCUUCAAUCGGAAAAUGACCAGGUUUUUGACCUGCAUCAACAUUAGGGAGGGGGGCGGCAGGGGUCCCAAUCUACCCGACGUCUGCCUGCAACCGGGUCUACCACCGCACCCCGGAAUGUCGGCAGUUGUUGUGGUGUGCAAUUCAAUAGUGCCUGUGAGAAUCUGAUAUGGCACCCGUGCUGGUCCAGGGGAUCUACCACGUAGCCCGUUUGGAGGACGCACUCACACGACAGUUCGACCGUCGAUUCGACGAUGUCCAUCGUGCGCUACACAGCUAGGUGCAUCAGGCACGAUGACUUGCGUGUGAAUUAGUUUGUAACGGUGGCAGACUUGCACAGCAUCUACCGCACACUAUCAUCCUCCCCAACCUGGACACGGUGUUAAGACUGAGUCAAUGAGAGCGGAGGCGAGGGAGGUCGCAGAUGUACACACACACACACUUCAUUGUCUCAUUUUUCAGGCCUCAGCUGUCCCAGGGUGCGUCUGACUUGCCUGUGUCCUGUUUUGCAGUCAGAACAGUUCGGUGAAUGCCACGCCUAUAAACCUUAAUGUUUGUGGUUGCAAUCUACAGAGCGGUGGGCUAAUCAACUAAAGAUAGAUAGUCUGGCUCAAAUUCUUGAAAUAAAAGAAGAGGUCGAGUUGGAGAUAGGGGUCCCCUGGGUCUAGGGUUGGAGCACGAUCAGUUGAUGACAAAGAUUUGAGGUAGUCAUUUCAGUCUCAUUUACUCUUCCCGUAACAACCUCGGAGUUUGAGUCCUUCUAUUCGCAGUUAUAGCAGGGCAUCGAGAUUUCAUAAGCAAACUUGUCCGAAGCCGCCUUCGCUACCGCAGUAUGCUCUUUUCCACUUGUACAAAAUCGCUAUAAUUAACACCAUACACAUAGGGGGGAGAUAAAGCUGAGCAGGUGUCGUGGUCUUGACUCUACCCCUCUGACAUCCUGAUGACAGGAAGUCAUAAGGGGGAGGGGGUCGCGCUGUGGGCGUGCGACACACGUCCCCCCAUCAUAGGAUCCCAUUGUAGCUUCACGCGUUAGUCUCUUCGUCUGAGUGUCGGCCAGGUGGCUCCCGGUGUGGGAGUCGCAACCCGUCCAUCUGCGACCCCCCACUCACCGUUAGGACAAAGUCUCAGUGAUGGAAGCACAUUUGGACACACUUAUUAUAUGCAAACCAUAGGCAGACGAGGGGGAUGUCGCAGGGCGGCAUCAAAUACACCGAGGGGGUAGCAUUUGGGCUGUGGCUGUCGAGAAUAAAUAUGCAAAACUAUAGAUUGCAGUGUGCAUAUUUGCGAUUUAACAUAAGAGGCGCCCUAAGGACAUGACUGAAUCCGUUGGACUGGUGAAAUAUUCGCUUAUCCGUUGCGCUGUCAGCCUGCACAGGCUGCCCCCAAGGGAGCAUUUCUCAUCUUGUAGUCAGCUAGGAGCGGUGCAUAACACCACGAUCAUUAAGGUUCCUGAUCAUUGUCGACAAGAAGGUUACCUGAAGUUCAGUGGCUAGAGUGUACGCACUAGAGUUAUGAAGUCAAGCUUAUGCCUCACACCUCUACUAGCUCCCAGGCUCGGGUAUGGUUGAAUGAUGGGGAUGAAUGCGCCAGAAAUGACCCUUUCAAUCUCUCUUCCUCCGAUAAUUGGUUGAUUUGCACUAGGCUGGACACAUGAGGACGCUAGUUAGAGCUUUAGGUCAAAAUGCAGCGACUUUACCAUGGCUUGCACAUAAAACAGGUUUAAUGGUUGACUGAAACAAUUUCAACGCAGUUGCAGUCUCCCUCGAUGUCAGCAAGAAUCGUAAUUGUUUUAGUGUCGGAUUAUUUAACGUCCCCUCUUACAACUUCGAGGUUUUAUAUUGCUACGAAAUACGCCCUUGGAACCUCUAGUGAAUUUUUAUAUUUGUCAGUUGCAAGUUUUAAACGCUUCUGUUGCUACUAGCGCUACUACUACUACUACUACUACUACUACUACUACUGUCACCACUGCUGUUAUUACUACUGGCGAUGACGAUUACGACGACGAUGGUGAUCGUGAUGAUGCUGAUGGUGGUGGUGGUGGUGGUGGUGGUGGUGGUGGUGGUGGUGGUGGUGGUGGUGGUGUAACGCCCCUCGGCGCGAACAGAAUUGUUUGA